UUUACUUUUGGGUUAAUUAAUAGUACUAAUAUUCUAUUCCUUGUUCAUCAUCCACAACACAACACUGAGCUCACUUCACCGACUCAGAAGAAGAGCGAAGCGAUGGUGAGAGUAAUUCCCAUGUAGAAGAGGUAAAAAAUGUAGAUGCCAACAAGCCACUGAAAAAUACACUAAAAACUUCCGUCCCCACUCACUGAUAUUUCAUUUCAAUUUGCUUCUCUGCAUUUCUCGCUAUGGCCGCCACACUAACUCCAAUUCAUACCUUCAAAUUCUCCCAUUCUCACUCUCUUUCUCCAUUUUCACUUCAACUAAAUUCAACCACUCUCUUCUUCCCAACAACAUCCACUCCCCGCCGCAACAAACUCACCCUCUCCGCCGCAACUUCUGCUGACACAACCGUUUCCUCCAACGGUCCCGUCACUUCCCCUUCUCGAUCAAAGGUUCGGAGACAUACUAUUUCGGUGUUCGUUGGCGAUGAGAGUGGAAUGAUUAAUCGGAUUGCUGGAGUGUUCGCGAGAAGAGGAUACAACAUUGAGUCACUAGCUGUUGGUCUUAAUCAAGAUAGGGCUCUUUUCUCAAUUGUUGUUUCUGGAACCAAUAGGGUUUUACAACAAGUUGUUGAGCAGCUUCAGAAGCUUGUCAAUGUUUUGAAGGUAGAAGAUCUUUCAAAUGAACCACAGGUAGAACGUGAAUUGAUGCUCUUAAAGGUGAAUGCAGAUCCCCAAAACCGUGCUGAGAUUAAGUGGUUGGUGGACACCUUCAGAGGCAAGAUUGUGGACAUCUCAGAAAAUUCCGUGACAAUUGAGGUUACUGGAGACCCAGGAAAGAUGGUUGCAGUUCAAAGAAGUUUAAGCAAGUUUGGAAUUAAAGAAAUAUCUAGAACUGGAAAGAUUGCAUUAAGAAGGGAAAAGAUGGGUGCAUCUGCGCCAUUUUGGCGGUAUUCAGCUGCUUCAUAUCCAGACCUUGAAAGAAAAACAACUAUUAAUGCCCUUGUUGGAUCGAAAAGCGUGAAUCCUGUUGACAAAACUGAUAUGCCUGUCGGGGGGGAUGUUUAUCCUAUAGAGCCUUCAGACAGUUUUACAGUCAAUCAAGUACUCGAUGCUCACUGGGGUGUUCUCAACGAGGAGGAUACAAGCGGAAUUCGAUCACACACUUUAUCCAUGCUCGUGAACGAUGCUCCCGGAGUUCUGAACUGUGUCACAGGGGUCUUUGCUAGAAGGGGCUAUAACAUUCAGAGUUUAGCUGUAGGACAUUCAGAAGUUGAAGGAGUUUCUCGGCUUACAACUGUGGUUCCUGGUACAGAUGAGUCAAUCAGCAAGUUGGUGCAGCAGCUCUAUAAGUUAGUGGAGCUGCAUGAGGUCCGUGAUAUAACCCACGUGCCAUUUGCUGAGAGAGAAUUGAUGCUAAUAAAGAUUGCUGUAAAUGCUGCUGCACGACGUGAUGUCCUUGAUAUUGCCAGCAUUUUCAGGGCUAGAGCUGUUGAUGUGUCCGAUCAUACAAUAACCCUUGAGCUUACUGGAGAUCUGGACAAGAUGGUUGCAUUGCAGAGAUUGUUAGAACCCUAUGGCAUUUGUGAGGUGGCACGAACCGGACGCAUAGCACUGGUCCGCGAUUCAGGCGUGGACUCCAGGUAUCUGCGUGGAUACUCUUUUCCUUUAUAAUCUCUUCGUCCGGGCAAAGGAAGGCACACUUUUUGGGGUUGUACAACUUUGAUUAUACUGUACUUGCUAGUUUUUUUGCCUUACAAAUUAAAAUGCGUUUUAAUGUUUGGCAAAUGAUCAGUAUCUACCCCAGGCCACUGUAGCAUCAUAGACUCUAAUACAAAUCUAGGCUUCGAAACUGACAUCAGACUUUUUUUUAAAAAAUUUUCAAAAUCAACAACUUCCUUUC